GUCCUUCGGAAAAGUAAUUGGAACGUCAUGUCUAGCAAGAAAUCGCUUCCGGAAAAAUACUCGGUGCAGUUCGAUAGCAAAGAGACGCCAGCUGAAGCCACCAGCCAUGGAAAACUUGCAGACUGUUAAUCCGGAGUUGACCACCAGAGGGAGCUUUUAUAUCCGUUUUCUGAAUUUGAAGUCAAUCCCAGUGGCUUGUCUCUACAUUGCAAUGAUCAUCUUCUCCACCUACUGGCAGAAGUACACAAAACCUCUGGAGCUGCAGAAGACCCUAUUAGUCUACAACAUGGCCUGUAGCGUGAUGAGCCUGUACAUUACUCUGCUGUUCCUGCGUGGUCUUAGCAUCACAACUUCCAUAUUUGAAAAGGAGUUCUUUCCAGAAUUGUACCAUGCUUACUUUAUGUAUUGGAUAAUAAAAAAUGUGGAGCUGCUUGACACGGUCUUCAUGAUCUUAAGACAUCGCAAGCGUCAGAUCUCCUUCCUACACGUCUACCAUCAUUGCAGCAUGCUGGUUCUUAGUGAUCUGACGUACCAUUACUACCCAUGGCCGGCCAUUGCUCCUUUCCUUGCAUUUAAUUCAUUCAUUCAUGUCAUCCUGUAUUUCUACUAUGGGCAGAGUGCCUUGAAUCCUAUCGAACGACCUGCUUGGAAGAAAAAAUUGACACAGUUACAAAUCCUCCAGUUUUUUUUGGACUUGAUUCUUGCAACAUGGGGCUAUCUCUUUCAUGGAUUUUGUAUUUACAGUAUACUGUAUGGUUUGACAAUGCUGGCACUGUUCUUAAACUUUUAUCGCAAGGCUUUUAAUUCCAAAAAAGCAACAUAACCAUACUUACAAUUGUAAAAUCUGAUUUGGAUAUUAUUUUCCUUUCCUGUAAUUGUAAUAGCAUGAUUUAGAGUCUGACACAGUGUUAAAAUUUGAAUUGUUUUUAAAGUGUAGUUGUUGAAAUAAAGUAAAUAGAAUUUGAUGUGCUUCAACAAAUGAAAUAUUGAUAGAUAUGUAUAAAUUGUAAUUAUACAUGCUUCA